AUGUUUACAGGAUCGAGCGGAGAGACCUUGUCAUUGUUUCCAACUGGACUAGCUUGUCCUCACUUUCCAAUUUCUGAGAUUCUAUUAGUCACCCAAAAUUUCAACGACGAAUUGGUCAUUGGGCAAGGUGGAUUCGGGAAAGUUUACAAAGGCACACUGAAAAAUGGAACAAAAUCUGUUGUGGCUAUCAAGCGGUUGGAUGCUGGUUCUGCUCAGGGGCCCACUGAGUUUUGGGCUGAGGUUGAGAUGCUAUCUAUGUUGCGACAUUGUAACCUGGUGCCUUUAAUUGGUUAUUGCAAUGAUAACCGAGAAAUGAUUCUUGUUUAUGAGUAUAUGCCUAACGGAACCCUUGAAGAUCAUCUACACAAGCUUCACACACCUUUAUCUUUUUCACAAAGGCUCAAGAUGUAUGACAACUGGGCAGCAAAAAUUUCAGACUUUGGAUUGUCUAAAAUAAGCCCUAUAGAUAAGCUAUCAACCGGCGUGAAUACUCUAAUCAAAGGAACAUUUGGGUAUUUUGAUCCAAAUUAUUUCUCAACUGGCAGACUAACUAGGAAGUCUGAUGUGUUUUCCUUUGGAGUGAUUCUGUUGGAAGUGCUAUGCAAGAAACGGGCAAUGGAUAGUAGUCUUGAUGAGGAACAAUGGAGUUUGGUUGAAUGGGCGCAAGACUUUAUGAAAGGAGGGAAACUAAAGGACAUCAUUGAUCCAUAUUUAAAGGGGGAAAUUUCACGCAAAUGCUUGAAUGGAUAUGCAAAACUGGUGGACGGAUGUUUGCAUAGGAGUCCAAAGCAACGUAUUACAAUGAGGUUGUGA